UGUAUAUCCCUCUUGUUACAGAUCCUACGAGCUGACGAGAAAAGAUAAGUUGUUUAAGAACAUAGAAAAAAUGCAAUAUUUUCGCGGGUUGAAACAUUUUGAUUUCAUCCCCACUACUUUUCUGAUGCCGGUUGAGUAUAAGGAGCUGUGUUCGACCCACUACAGGACCAAAGGGCCUUGGAUAGUGAAGCCCGCUGCCUCCAGUAGGGGCAGGGGCAUCUAUAUUGUUAAUACGCCAGAACAAAUACCAAAAGGCGAGAAUGUGGUGGUAGCAAAAUAUAUAGACAAACCUCUCCUCAUCGGUGGUCACAAAUGCGACCUGAGGCUGUACGUGUGCGUGACCUCAAUGGACCCUCUGCUGAUCUAUCUGUACGAGGAGGGCCUCGUCAGGUUCGCUACAGUGAAGUACGACCACACCAACAAGAACCUGUGGAACCCUUGCAUGCAUCUGUGCAACUACAGCAUAAAUAAAUACCACACCGAUUAUAUCAAAUGCGACGACCCAAACGCGGGCAACAUAGGCCACAAGUGGACUCUGUCAGCUCUCCUGCGCCACCUCCGCAAGCAGGGCCGCAACACCACCGCGCUGAUGGCGUCCAUCGAGGACCUGGUGGUGAAGUCCAUCCUGUCGUCCGCGCAGACCAUCACCGCCGCGGCGAGGGUGUUCGUGCCCAACUUGUUUAAUUGUUUUGAGUUAUUCGGAUACGAUAUAUUAGUUGACGACAUGUUAAAGCCCUGGCUGUUGGAAAUCAAUUUGUCGCCGAGCCUGGCGUGCGAGAGUCCGCUGGACGCGCGAGUGAAGUCCGCCUUGCUGGCCGACACGCUGACGCUGGUGGGGCUGCCCGCCGUGCCCAUGGCCAAGGCGGAGCUGUCCGAGAGGACCACCAGCCUCAAGAUGAGGAUCGGCGCCUGUCGUCGCGUACACUCGGCAGAAAACGUAUGCGUCCGCGGCAAGAGUAACAGCGUGAACGGCCAGGCGAACGGACAGGGGCAGGGUCCCCUGGCGGGGGUGCUCACUGGAGAGGAGCUGCGCCUGGUGAGGUCUGUCAGGGCGCAGUACGCGAGGAGGGGCGGCUUCGUCAGGAUAUUCCCCAGUCAGAACUCUUGGCAGAAGUAUUCGCAGUAUCUUGAUCCAGUGACCGGCAUCCCGGUGUGCUCGACGUCGCUGAACAACAACAUUCCCUACCAGGUGGUGCAGCACAACUAUAACCUGCUGGUGCACUCGCACGUGCUGCCACACUUCCAGCACGCCACCGUCGCCACCAGCCUCACCGACACGCCGCAGAGGCUGAAGCGGUACGAGGCGGUGAGCAUCACGUCCACGGCGCCCGCCAUCAGCCUCGGCGAGCCCGCGCCGCCGCGCCACCACGACACGCGCCGCGCCAAGGAGCUGGUCAAGCGCCAGCUGCACGACGGCAUGAAGCUCACUCGCGGCGAGGGUCGUCGCGCGUUCGGCCUGUACCUGACGCACGUGCUGAAGCGCCUGUCGAGCGGGGCGGAGGCGGCGGCGCGCCACGCCGGCCUCGUGCUGCGCUUCCUGCAGCGAGCCUCCGCCGCGCUGCGCGUGCCCUACAACCUCAAGGGUCCGCCCGCGAAGAUGUGCGACAAGGACCGCUGCGCCGUGAUCGCGAAGCAGCUGAACGACUUCCUGUACAUGUACUACCGCGAGACCGACCUCUACACCGACAGCGAGGACAAGGACGGAUGCGUCUCCAACAUACACUUCGCGCAGUUCCUCUACUCCGCCAGUGAGGCGGACCUUGAAGAGGUUUUGUUACUAGUGCUGAAGCUAGAUAACUACACGGCGUCGUUCCUGGGUGACUCGCGCAACCAGCUGUGCGUGGACCUCCCGCCCGCCAGGCUGUGUCCCGAGCCGGCCGCCAGGCAUACGCUGCUCAAACACCUGGCCGCGCUGGCGCCACUCAACACCAGGCGAUAUAGGCCCUCACCCGACUCACAAAGUCGGUCGGAGCCCGAGGAGGCGCCGCCGGCCACGUCGGACGCGGAGCGCUCGCCCCCGCCGCCCAUGUUCACCAGCUCCGACGUGGUGCUGAAGGAGUCCAUGAAAGAGGAGAAGCCUCUCACCCAGGCGCUCAAGUUCGCCAGGUCAUAGCGACCGCCAGGUACCAACGUGUGAGCCCAGGGUUUGAUAACGCGUUUUGUCUCAAUUUUGUGGGGUGAAGUAGCUUAUGUUAAGUUGGUGAUGAAAACUAUUAUUGUCAGCUACAUAUUUCUGUUUUAUAUAAAUUAGGUAUUAGGUAGAAAAUGCGAUUAACCACAUUUAUUUCUCAAUUUUUUUUAUAACUAAAUUAAAUUCAUAAAAAAUCUAUUUUCAUCGUGUAACUUAACAUAUCCUGCAAGUAACAUGAAUAAAUAUUAAGUUCCUGUUA